UCAGUGUCACCAUGUUAAGCAAAAGGAACGUUCACACUCGUUGUUAGCUUACACAAUAGCGGAAGAAAAAAAUUAACAUAUUUUUUGUAAUAAAAACAACAAGAACAAAGAACGUUUAAAAAAAACCCUCAAAAAUCCACAAUGAGUACAAUAAAUAUUCAAAUUUAACGUUUAAAUUAACCUUGCCAUUAAUAUAUAAUUAAAAAGUGGCACUCUGCUGUUUUACAAGCACUUCCGUUUAUUUCAUAACAACAAUCUGGUUACACUCUUACAAUAAACUAGUUUUUUUUCUCUGUCUCUCUCUUUCUGUGUGUACUUCAACAUUUUUUUUCUUUCUUCAAUUAACAUUUGGCAGCACUGUUUCUUUCUUAUUGAAGUGGCAACGAAACGAAAAUAAAUAGUAAAUCAGAAAGACAAAGGAGAAGAGAAUGGAAAAAACGAAAAAAGAAAGAAUUGAAAAAAAGUGUCGACAGUGAAAAAUGGCUUUCUUAAAUAAAAUAGUUAAAAAAUAAUAAAAAAAUACCUAAAAUAUUAGUAAAUUAAAACGUGUAUUUAUUAAAUUUAAACUUUAUUGUAAAGAAAUAAACAAAGUAUUAAGAAUAAACGAGAAAACACACGCAAAAGGAACCUUUUUAAAUUAGUGUAUAGAAUCGAAUUUUUUUAUGUUGCGUUUUGUGAUGGAAAAUAUUUUUUGUGUAUAACAAAAUUUCGUAAAAAACUUUUUCCAACCAUACAAUUGACGGAGAAGAGGAGUGUAAAUUUUUUUUGUUAUAAUUUGUAAUACAAAGGAAAAAAUUAUAGGAAAAAAAGAAAAAAACCUUUUAAUAUAACUUAAUAAAAGAAGAAAAAAAGAUUUUUUAUAUAAAAAGAAAAAAUAAAUUAAUAAAAAAAAUUGUAUGGAAAAAAUUAUUAAAGAAAAAUAUAAAUAUAUUUUAACGUCAUGUUGUUAAGAAAGCCUAAAGGAGAUGUGUGUUGAAAAUCUUAAAAGAUUUGUAAUUAUUAAAACAACCACCUAGAAAAAAUAUUACAAAAAUUUUAAGCCAGAAAAAAAGGAAUAAAACAAGAGCGCCCAAUAUGUCUUCAGCAACUUUAACAUUGCCAUCACCAUUACCAACAACCACAAGAACAGCAGCAACAACAAGCACAACACCAUUAACUUGUGCAGCAGCAAAGAACUCGUCAUCAACUUCAGCAACUUUAUGGUCGCCCAUAACAAUUACAUGUAAAUCUCAAGCUAAAAUAAAUUUAUUAACAAAUUCUCAACAGCAACAACAAAAGCCACAAAAACAACAACAGCAAUUAACACCAGCAAUAAUAAUAAAUUCACAUACAGCUCCAGCAUUAGCUGCUGCUGGAGCCGCUGCCGGAGCUGCAUCAUCAACAUCAUCAUCAUCUUCUGCAACAUGUUUACAUUUACAUGCAAUUUAUCCUAAAAAUAAGCGUAAAUAUUAUUUAAAUAAUAAUAAAAUUCACAAGGAACGUAGAAAACGUCACAACGUUACAAACGAUGAUGGCAUUAAUAGUUAUUUAAGCUUAAUAUUAUUAGUAACAUUUACGAAACCUUUAACCAUGUGGUAUCGUUUUAUAAAAAGUAUUAUCUUAACUUCAUCAACCACAACAACAACAACAACUGCAACAUCAUCACCCACAACAAGAGCAACACAAAGACUUUUUAGUAAAGGUUCUAUAAAAACCACCUCAUUCUCCUCACCCACCUAUAAUUCCAAAUCCUCAUCAUCAUCAUCCUUCUCCUCCUCUAAUACCUUUUCAUCCUUAAUUAACCUUAAUAAUAAAAACAAAACAUCCCACAACUCCAACAACUCCUCAUCAUCCUCCUCCUCAUGCUCCUCUGCAUUACGUUUAAAGUCCUCGAAAUCGCCGUCAUCAUCAUCAUCACCUAGUAAAUGUAUACGUGUUUUACCACCCAUUGCCACUACAACAUCAUUUUUUACUUUACUAACCAUUAUCUGUUUGGAGACCAUUCUACUCUCUACCAUGUCCAGUUGUGCAAAAACCUUUUACAUGCACUGGAACACCUCGAAUAGUAUAUUUCGCAUUGAUAAUACCGAUCAUAUAAUCGAUGUUAAUAAAGGCAAUCUGGCCUUUGAAUUCGAUCAGGUGCACAUCAUUUGUCCGGUCUAUGAGCCGGGCACAUUCGAUAAUGAAACGGAAAAGUAUAUUAUCUAUAAUGUCUCAAAGGUCGAAUACGAAACGUGUCGGAUAACGAAUGCCGAUCCGCGUGUCAUUGCCAUAUGUGAUAAGCCACAAAAAUUGAUGUUUUUUACCAUAACGUUCCGGCCAUUUACACCACAACCCGGUGGUUUGGAGUUCCUUCCUGGGAAUGAUUAUUAUUUCAUUUCAACGUCUUCGAAAGAUGACCUCUAUAGACGAAUAGGCGGCCGCUGUUCUACCAAUAACAUGAAGGUCGUCUUUAAAGUUUGUUGUGCCUCAGAGGAAAAGAAUAAAACGACUACCAUAGCGACGGGUGGUAGUGCGGGAGGCAGUGCGGGCAGCACCUCCACCACAGCGGUGGGUAGUGCUUUGCCCACCGACUCGGCUGGCAAUAGCGGCGAGGACAUAACGAAUAUGCACUCGAACCAAAACAAUCAACAGCAACAGAGUAAUCAUCCUCAUCAUGGUAACAAUAUCAAUACAAUAGGCAUAAAUGGCAUUAAUACAGGCAUGCUACCCAAUGGUGUGAUGAAUACCGGCCUAGGCGGUAUGGGUAAUAAUCAACACAAUGGUUUGCAACUGAAUCCCAUAAUGAAUAGUCCUAGUGGAAAUGUGGCCACCUCUAUUAAUACCAACAUAGAUCAAUUCAAUCGUAUACCCCUGCAGCCGAAUAGUAUUAAUGUGCUUAGCAAUAAUAUAGGUGGCGGUAUGGGCAUGGGCAACAUGGGUCCUCCUGGCAUGAGUGGCAAUAAUGGUUUGGGUCUGGGUUCACAUGGCGGCUCCGGCAUUUUACUUACUCCCGGCCAUAAUGGCAUUAAUAUGAUAGCAUCGGGCGGCGGAGCUGGUGGCCUACCCGGCAUUCAUCAAUAUCCCGGUCAUGGUUAUCAUGGACAGACCGGCAUACGUAUUAAUAAUGUUCCCUCGACGCAUCAUACCAAUCUUAAGAAUAUGCAAAAUAAUAACAACGAUAAUGAUCAUCAUCAUCCCUAUGAUAAGCAUCCAAAUGAGGUUGUAAAGAAUGAAGAACUAACCUAUAAUAGAGCUGCCGCUUCAAUGACUACGGCCACAGCAUUAUCCUUAAUCUUUGUGCUAACAUUAGCCUUACAGAUUUGCUACUGGGUUUAAGUGUUUCUUUUACAUAUUUUUUUUUUCUUAUUAUUUCAAUUUAAUUUUAAAAAUUAUUAAUGUUUGUUUCUGAAGAUGGUUGUGUGUAGUAGUAAACAUUAACUGACCAUUUUCUUAACAACAUUUAUAAAAAUAAACAAACAAACUUAUUUACUUACUUACACACACACACACUUACACUUAAAUACUAUACGUUAAUGAUAAUGAUAAGGAGUGCAGCUUAUCUGGUAAGCAGUAGUAAUAGCAGUUUAAGAGCAAAGUGGCUGGUAAAACAAUGAAGAAAAAACAUAACAGUUUGUACAUUUUAAGUCUAUUUUAUAUAAUAAUUAAUUAAUAAUAAUAAUAAAUAAUAUAAUUUUAGUUUAUAUCAUAAAGAACAGAAAAAAAUACAGAAGAGUAAACAAUUAACAAGAAAAAAACCCAACAACAACAACACUUUUUGUAAUUUUAUUAAUACAAAAUAUUAAAGGCCUAACCAUAAUUAGUUUAAGUUAACUUAAAUAAAUCUUCAUAAAAAAACAUUAAACAAAAAAACAAAACGAACAACAUUUUACAGCAAAGAAAUUAAAACAAAAAAAAAAGAAAUAAGAACAAGAGCAAAUUUGUAUGAAUUAACAAACAAACAACAAUAACACUCAACAUACAUUUUUUCAAACAUUACACAAACAGACAAACAACAAAAAUACUCAAACAAAAAAAAAACUCACCUACAGACCAUCAUUAAACAUUCUAAUUCUCUUAAAACAUACAAACACAGACACACAUUAACAAACAUUCAUACAUAUAACACACUCACCAACACAUACACACACACACACAUUUUCUCAUACUCUAACUUAUAUUUAUGUAAACAGAAGAAGAAGGAAAACAUAACAGUUAAAGAAAUAGUAAGAGUACUCAAUUAUAUAAUAAUAAGUUGUACUUUCCAUCAUCAUUAACAUUACCGACAGACAGACAACAUCAUCACCACCAACAUCGCCAUUGUCAUCACAUCAAGUUUUUCGUCAACUUAAAGGCCUUUUUUUUAAGACCCCCCUCCCCUUGCCCUAACACCCCCCAAACAUUAAUAACUUUUAAGAGAUUUUGGGGGGUGAAAUUUAAAAGAAAACCAAACUGGUUUUGAAUAAAAGUUUUGAAACUUUUCUCAGUAUAAAAACCUUCUUAGGUUUAUAAUUUUAAUUAACAAUUUUGACUUGACUUCAAAAAAAAAAAAACUCUUCGACUGACCGGUACUUUGUCUAUACAGUUCUCAAGACUUUAUUAAUAAAAAAAACUUUAUUUUAGAUUUUUUUCUUUUAACCAAAAUUGUAAAUAUUUGAAAAUUAUAUUUUAGAACCACAA